AUUUCAUACUGCCCACGAACUACAUUUGUUUGUUUACCAUUGUGUUGUGCCACUGUCUAAUUUUGAGUCAUGGAGACAGAAGAACUCACCACUUGAAUGCAGCAUGUGUGGGCAGCUUAAAAGCGAUCAGCGGGAAUGUUUCCACGUUUUCUGUCUAGCAUUGUUUCAUGGCGGUCUGUGGCCAUCUUGGCAUUCAUUGCUUGUCUGCUGCAGGUAACCAAUUUAGUGUUAUCAUGGCAAUUGCGACAAAGAGAGCUUCUUGCCUCAGAGGCUGCAUCUGCUCCUGCAGCAGAAAUUCCAGGCUCUAUCUCUCGUGCUGGGAUUCGGAGACAGCAUGCAGCUAUUCGCAGAAGAGACUACCAUUUGGGGAAGAAGCUUUCAGAUGAUCAUGAAGCAAUUCUGUCCCGGAUUGCUCGAUGGAGUGUGCUGGACAGUUCAGGAGAGUUCCGUGUGUCAGUUGGUAUUCUCCGGGGCACUGGUCUGGAUUCCAGUAAUGAUGAUAAUGGGCCAGAAGGAAGAGAAGAAUUGUUUGGUCCAACUUCUCAGGGAUUGACAUUGGUGACACAAUGUUCCUUUGGCCAACUUCACCAUCUUCCUUAUUUAGCUUCUUACUGGCAGGGUCCUGUUUCUGUUGCUGUAUUUGCUCUUAGUGGAGAAGUACAAGCAGUUGUUCAAGCAUUUCAUCUUUUAAGGCAGUGUUACCCUAACAUAAAAGAGAAUGUGACCUUUAGCCUCAUAUUUCCUCUGAAUUCUCCAACUUCACCACAUCUUACCCCUACUUCUGAUACCACUCCUUGUGAUAAGAUAUUUUCUGAUACCUACCAGGCAAAUUACGAUUUUAAGGGUAUCCAGUAUCCAAAUAAUCUAUUACGGAACACUGCAAAAAAGGCUACUACAACAGGACUCAUGCUAGUAAUUGACAUAGACAUGGUUCCAAGCGAAGGACUUCACGAAGCAUUUUCUCGUUAUGCCAAAAGCAAUAAUAUAUUAGAUGAGAAUUCCAGUGAGGAGAAAACGGUAUGGAUAUUACCAGCAUACGAAAUUAAAGAAGGCACUACUAUUCCCAAAACUAAACAGGAUUUGUUGAAGAUGAGGGAGAAAGGCACUGCACGGCCAUUCUACCAAGAGUUGUGUCUCAAAUGUCAGAAAUAUACUGAUUACGCUGCUUGGGAAAAAAGUGCAAAAGGGAAACAAGGAAGUGUGGAAGCAUUAUUUGAGGUUCUUUGGCAGGACCCAUAUGAACCUUUUUAUAUAUCUCGUGUUAAUGUGCCCUCUUAUGAUGAAAGAUUUCGGCAAUAUGGCUUUAAUCGCAUCAGUCAGGUAUGUGAGCUACAUGUUGCUGGCUAUCGGUUUUUGGUUCUUGAUUCAGCUUUUGUUAUACAUCAAGGCUUCAAGAUCUCUGGAACUUUCCAUAAUUCCAAGGAUAUGGAGCAGGAGAAAAACAGAGUCCUUUUCCGACAGUUUAAAGGAGAACUGAAGGAGAAAUAUCCAGAAUCUUCUAGGCGAUGCUAUUAGCAUAAGGUACUAUAGUAUAUAUUGUAUUUACAAUACUAAUUCAAAUUAAAUUCGUUAUUGUGCUUUCUCAAUUGAGUAAAUUCUACAUUUCACUGAUUUGUAAGGUGAAACUUCUCUUGUCAUUCAGGGCAAUUAAUUUUUCAUUAUGUAUUUCUAGUUAGUGACAUAGUAUAUGUUUCUCACGUUCUUUUUGGGAAUUAUUCUUUCUUCUCUACUAGUCUUUUGAUACACUGUGUGGGGAUGAUACUGUAGACAGUUCUUCAAUAUUUUACUUCUGCCCAGGACGUGAUUUUGGAACUUUCAGGUUUAGCUGUUGUGAUGAAAGUAGGUUCAGUUGAGCAGAGACUGGUCUACAUGAGAGUGAAAUUUGCCUCUUGACUUUUAUGUAAGAAUUCUCAGAUUCACAGUGAAGGCUGUGAAUUUCAUAAAUAAUUAAGGUUAUGAUUAUAGAUGUACAUGCCUUUAGGCACAAAGGAAGCACAAAUUUAAUAAGAGUUCCCAAAACUAUUCAGGCUGAUAUAAAACAGUCUGUAUUUGUGUAAAAAGAUAGCAAACCAUUAAUUAUGUAUAUCAUAAUGUUUAGGCAGUGAUAUGUAGAAAUUUUAAUGAAAGAAUAAUGGUAUUGUUUUGUACUUUCAUCAACUGAAAAUCAUCCAGAUACAAACAGGAAAUGAAGCACCAAAGAAUCUAACCUCAAUUGUGGGUUUAUCAAUCUUGUUUGUUUUAUUAUUAUUAUUAUUCCAAUUGUGCAAACGUUCAGAUAGAACAGGCCUGAAGCUCAGAAUAAAUACUUUAUCUGGAAAAACUUCAGAACUUAAUGAAGGUAAUAAGUACAGGUUGAUAAAAAAAUUAUUAACUUACUUAAACAGCAGUAUGAAUCAGAUAACAAAAACACUGGUGACUGGGGCUUGAUCAACAUUAUGGUGUCUAAAACUUCUGAAAAUCAACUUUAAUAAGACUAACAGGUAACGAUACCACACUUUUUAAGAAAGGGAUGUGAGAGACCUCCAGCACUGGGCACUAUGACAUUGUGACACUCGUCAGAAUGAAGGGGCUAACGCUCUGUAAGUGAGUACUAACGUUCUUUAUAAAUUUUUGAGAGGGAAUUUUCUGUUCAAAUAGUUUAUGAAUGUUGGCCCAAUAGGAUAUCUAAUAGUAGUGAUCUAAAUAAUGAGUAAAGAUUCCAAAAAACUGCGGACUUCUGUACAAUAUUCCAGUAAUAAAUACGUAGUACAAAAAAAGUGAAAUAUUUGUCAUGAAUACUGCCAUCUCAGCAGAUGUAAAAAGUCUCAUGUGUAAUAUGUUGUAAAAGAGAAAACCUAUUAUCAAAGUUAACAACUACUGCAUCUCCAAAUGGCAUCUACAAAUAUUCAGAAUUGUUAGGUACAGUUAUAUAGUACGUAUACAGCAGAAGUUUGUAACUUGUCACUGGGACUUACGAUAUAUUCAACAUAAUGAUCUGAAUAAAAAGCAAAGGUCACUACACAUAUUUAUGAUACUUGUGUUAUCCUGCUUGGUUUAUAGGGGGAGAGGUAUAAUGUGCACUAGCUAAAGAAGCUUUAAGUUUUGUUGCAUUGCUCGAGAAAGUUUCUUGGGAGACAUUGGUAUCCCAUAGUGAAAAAUGUGAAAAUACUUAAUAUAGUAGAUUCUGAAUUCUUUCAUACCUGUAUACCUAAGUAGGAAAAGACUCCGACAGAUUUUCCAGCUUUAAAAAAAUGGAUGAGUGUUGAAUUCCAAAGAAAAGACUGCUUGUUGAGAAAAACAAAGAAGACAAUAAGAAGAUAUCCUUUACACUGCUCCAACUUUACAGCAUAAUUUAUGCCGACAUCAUGAUUAGUAAUGCUUUAUGGAGCCAUUAUAGUAGUAGUACCCAUGCAAAUUGACUUCACCAUAAAAGAUUAAUAUAAACUUUUGGUUAAGCCUGUGAACAAUAUUUUUAUGGCAAGAACAAAUAAUUAACAGGAGUUACAUUAUUUAAAUAUUGAACUGUAUUAUUUUUUUAGGCCAGCAAUGAUGUCACUAGAGAAGAUAAGGUAUUAUAAUGAAGACCAGCAUAGAUUAUUAGAUAUAUCUUUACAUCUGGCAUCAAGCCUUCAUUCUUUAAUUUUGAGAAUGUUAUGUUCCUCUGUUUUAUAAGGCAGAUAUUAAUGGAUAUGUGUUACAUUCAUUUUGUUGAUGACCUUGCUCAUAUUUUGUGUACCACUCCAUGGCCAGUAAUUUUGAGAAAGAAUUUACAUUUAUAAGUUAGUUCACUCCCUGUGCUUUUUUUUUGUCAAAAGAAGUUUGAUGUCAGAUAAUGUUUGUGAAUAUUGAUGUUGAUUUUUACAAAGUAUACAUGAAAAUAAGAUAAAAUACAUUGUAUCAUUGACUUCAGUAACCACUGAGGUAUGUGUUGGUAUCUUUGUGUGGUUGAUAUUUCUUUGAAUCCAUAGUGUCACAUAUGGCUGUUCCUGACAUACUCUGCAAGUUUUUUCCUGAAUGAACCGCUGUUUGGACAAAGCUAGGGAUUUUUUGGCAUCAUGAAUGUGAUAGGUGAGAAGCUCUCUGAAAGAGAUGUGCUGGCAUCAACAAAGAUGUUUUUAAUAGCAAUAUGAUGAAACUGGUGUUUUCUGUAAUUGUUAAAUUGCAAUCUUUUUCUGUUCUGUAAUGUGUUAAAAUCCAGGUCUCCUAUAUUAUUUUAGUUAAGAGGCCUCUUAUUGUUAGACUAUUUAUUUGAGUUUAUAGUACAACAAACGUCCUUUAUAGAGAAUCCUCAUGAACAGACAUUUCUCAAGACUAUUGGGUUCUGUUUCCAAAUAUCAAGAAACAUUAUAUGCUGCAUCUCCAGUUAAUGCAAGAAUUGCCAUGAAAACAUGUACAACAAUGCUUUUGAGUGUGUGUACAAACACAGCUAGUUGUUGAAAGACAAUUUUAAUAUUCUCUAAUGUUCAUAAGUGUUGUGUAUACAUAUAUUAACAUGCUAUAAAGUACAAGACCACUGUGUCUCAUGAAGACUAAGACUGAAAGCUUUGUUCUUAGAUGAAAAGUGACAAUUGAAGGAUGGUAGAGUUAAAGAAUUUUAGAGAGGUAUUAAAAGGAAAAGUAAUAGGCAGAAGGCAUUGCGGUUUAAUGAUGAUCACUGCAAAGAUCUUUAUAGUACAUUUUACACUAUUUUGCUCAUGACACAUCACUUCAGUACCUCUAAAGGGGACAUUUGCAUUACUGAAUGUUGACACAUUCCAUCCUUAGAUUUGUAUUUUUGAAGUACUGUAUGUUAUUGAUAAAGUAUGGAGCAUAUGUAACACACACACCACUAGGCAGCAAAAUUUAAUGUAUAAGAGGUCUGUUAUUGGUGUAGUAAAAAAUUGCAGCCAAAGUAAAAUAUUUUGUUACAAAUAAUGUUUAGAAUUUUAAGUCAUUUGUAUUUAUUUUUUUUAGCCUACAUAAGUUAUUUGUGAACAAGAUCUGUUUCUUACAGAGCAGCUUUUUCUAAACUGAACAUUUGUGAUUAGUGAGAUUUUGUUAUUAAUGCAAAAUAUUUAGGUUCAGUUUCAGUGCAUACUAAUUUGUUGUUGUUUUUAAUGAAUGUUUGAUACCGCAGCUGUGCGUACUGUGCCCUCUCUACAAUAAUAGAAAUUUGUUUAGUAUACAAGAAAGUAAAUGUUUUAAUUGAAGCUAAAAGUGUAUUUCCUUCUAUUAUGAUUAAGGUUCUUUUUAUGCAGUGUUAGGUUUGCACUGGAAUUUUCAUGUUUGUUUGUUUGUCAGAUAAGAUCAGGUCGGGAUGUCCAUAAUCUUUGUGCAGUAGAUUGCAAUUAUUGUAACUGUCCUUGGGUCAUGAAAGGAUUAUUAAAAGUUUUAGUAUAUGAGAAGAAAUCAGAAUGUAUUAUACUAAGAAUUUAUGAUAGGGAUUCAUUUCUGUUUUUGGCAGUUUUCUAAUAAACUCCUUUAUAUUUUUUCUAACUAGAUUUUGCACAUGAUUUCUGGUAGUUUUUCAUAACAUAUCUUUUUCAAUAAAGAGAUUUUGGAUAUGUUGUUUUCAUGAACUGUCAUGUGCUAUAUAUAUGCUAGUCGCUGGAAUUUAAGGAUUUUAUUGCCAGAAAUUAGAAAUUGAAAGACAUUUAAGAUUACUGUACUGUUAUUAGUGUACGUGUUUUGAAUUAGUAGUUUGACAUGUCUACAGAGUCAUUUCCAAAGUGUUACAGGGCUUGCCUGAAGGAUGUGUUCAUAAAUGAAAAGUAUAAAGAGAGCAAGAGGAAUGAGCAAAAAGUAAAGGGCAGAAAAUUUUCAAUCCAGUCUUGGAGUUACUCUAAUAAUACUUUUAUGUGAUGUUGAUUCAAUUCACAAGUCUACACUUGAGUCAUUCAGCGUCAACUGCAGCUAGGUUAAUUUGAUGUUUUGUUGCUGUGCACAAGUACAAUAACUUACAAAUUUGCAAGAGAACAUAAUGGUAUUUUUGUUUUUUUGCAUAUGAAACCAAGUAAUUCAACUUGUAAAGUUAGUCUUUUGCAAAGUAAACCACUUCCACGUUUAAUUUUAUUUCAGAGCAAUAAGAAUGCACUUCAAUGCAUAACUGUUCAAUAUGUAAAAAGAUGCUAUGUUGUCUUCUGUUGUUACUUGAUGUUUUUGUAUACUGUACUUGACCAUUGUGGAUAUGAUAGUAUGAAAUAUCUUUGAAAACUUAUUCACAGCACUGCAUAUACUUGCUUACUUUAGCUUGUCAAAGGUGUCUUCUCAAUGUAAUGCACACUAAAGCACUAAUCACCCGUGUAUCAAAACUCAGAUUUUUAUUAUGAAAUAAGACAACAUUGUAGCAGUCUUAUACUCUAUAGCACUGACUCAUGUUGGAUGUGAAUCAAAAUUUCUUGUUGCUCAGGAUGAUUCUCUUGUCUUUUAAAAGACUGAAAUGGCUGGCAUAUAGGUUGAGAGUUUUUGUUAUACAGUAUUUACAUAUUUUUCUUUAAAUUCCUUCUUAUAUUUAUUGUAUUGAGCUAAAUGACAUAUCUUAGAUUAAUUGUAAGGUGUAAGGAUUAGUAUGUGAUGAUAAUCAAAUUUGUCAGAUUAUUGACAUUACUUAACUACCAUAAUUACAAUUGCAUGCAAUCUCCUUUGUGAUAGAUAUCUAAUUAGGGUAUUUUUUGAGUACUCAUGUAAUUUUAUCUAUUAUAGAUAACAAAUGAGGAAGUACUGGUAGUACAGAAGUCAAGUGCUGUGCACUUUAGGCUUGUUACUCAAGAAGUGGAAAUUUAUACACUUUUGAAGUUGUUAUUUAUGUUUUGCUCUCCACUCUGGCAUCUCUGACCAUCUCAUUCCCAAACUUUGUGCCAAGAUUCCAAUUUUUUUUUUUCUUUAUUUUUGUACUGGUAUCAGUUUUGAAUGUACACAUGUUUGUUGAGGUGAUGCCACACAUGCUUGAAGGAAUACAUGAAUUUUUCACCAGUACUAUAGGGAAAAAUAUUUUAUUCUUGGUGGGAAUUUUGCCAGCAAAAUGCUAAAAGAGGCUGCUGGAGAAUGUUUUUAUGACAUUGCCUUUACUCUUGUUUUUCAGCUUAAUCAUAAGGUUAGGCUUAAUUAAUGUACGAUGGGUAAUCUUGGCAAUAUACUGUAGUUUAUAAUUUAAACAAAUUUUUUGUGUAUAUUUUUCCAACUUAACCUUAGAUUUAAACAUUAUGCUUUUGUUAUAUUUUGUUAAAAACAAGUUUGUUUUUUAAGUAAAAUCUUGUGAGGCAUGUGUCGUUUUGUGUGAUUGUUUAUUAUCACUAAUUAUUUUUAUCAGAGUUUUUGUAAUUAUGGCUGUUUGAUUAAAACUAGUUGGAAUUAUAAAAUGUGUUGUGCUAUUAAGAAUUAUUGAUCAGUAGCUUUUUAAUUGCUAUACGAUGGUAGAGUUAUUGUUAAUCUCAUUACUACUUACUGGUAGUCAUAGAAGGUUUUUCAAUCUGUAUUUUUCUUACUGAAGGUGUCUUAAAAGUGAAUGUUCUUCUGAGGUCUUUAUUUCAUGUGACCACGUUAGUACAGUUGAAGAGAUGGUCAUUCGAGAAGGAAAAGAAUGAUGUAUAUGUAGCUGUAAUAUGUACAAGAAAAGUUAAUAAUAUAUGUAUUCACAUUUUGUCUUUAGUUUAAAAGAACUUUGAGUCAAUGUUUUAUUAGCUUUUACCGUUCAAUCACAAUUAUGAGUCUUUCACUUGAUGCACCAAUUAUUUUAUAAUUCGGUAACACACCAGUUAUUUUAUAAGCUUCAGUCCUCUCCUUGUAGUUGACACCAUUCCUUUUAUUAUUAGGUGUACUAUUCUGUGAUUUACUGGUGUUUUUGUAUUCUGAAUUUCACUGGUAUUUAUGAUAUGUAAUGUCAUAUAACAGUAUACGUAAUGUCAAAUGCUCCUGUACAUUGUCAGCAAAGUAUGUCCAAAAUACAGAAUCAGGCAAAAACUAUAUAUAUAUGUGUGAUUUUGAUUUAUUGAAUUAUCUUACAACUAUAGACUGGUGUUUCAUGAAAAUUUGUACAGGCCUCCAACAUUUAUGUUGUAUAAGGUAUCCUGAUUGUGUUUUCCAUUAAUGUACCAUCAUCUAAUAAGUGUAGGACCCGAAAUAUUCUUUGCAAUAAAUUGUAAUCUUGUGUCUUGUGUUUGAACAAUAACAAAUAAAUAUUAAAGACUGAGGUUUGAUAUUUUUAGAAAAGUAUGACUAACUCAUUAAUCCUAGUCUGAUUGUGUAAUUUCAUUACUUGUAAAUAGCAUAAGUAUUGUAAAUAAAUUAAAUAAAGGAUUUUUAUAUUGAUAA